AACAGAAGCGCGUGCGAGCGAAACGCAUAUCGAUAGCGGGCAUCCCGUUCUUUCUAGGGCGCGAUACAUCAAAAAAACAAAUAUGGCGACUCGGUUCGAUCGGAGCUGGAAUUAGUGUCGGUGCAUGUUUGGCGAAAAUUACCCAUUUUCCAAUCACGGCUCGCGGUGCCGCCAGUGUGCAAAGCGUAGAGGAAACGUCCCGCCACCCGGUGCGAGUGAAGUUCGGGCACGACCGUACGGUACAGUGCGUGAAAUCGUGUGAAAAGAUAGUCGGUCCCAUCCCUGGAUCCGCGGGUGUAUGUGAGAGUGUGUGUGUGUGAGUGUGUGACGGUCGGUCAAACCUCAGCCCCUUGAAGCGGGUGGUGUUGAAAGCAAAAGCAAGUGUAAGUAGAAGCAGAAUAAGAAGAAGUAGUAGAGAGGGUGUGAAAAGGAGCAAGAGAGAUUGCGGCGUGCGGUGUGUGAACUGGUGAAGAGCGGUCCAGUAAAGCGGGCAAAAGAGAGAAAGAAGAAUCCGCAGUACGUGUGACAGAGAGUCGCCGAAGCAGACGUGCGUGCGUGUGUGUGUGUGGUUUUGUGAUUUGCUAGAGUGAGAAAGGAGGAAAGCAGAGCUGGAACCGUGAGCUGGUUGUGCGGCGUGACAACGAAGCAUGCCGAUGCGUGGCUGAGCAGUGGAUGCAUGUGUGUAGGUGUGUGAAUGCAACAGCACAAACAAGACGGGCGCCGCUAGUGUGUGAGUGUGUGUAAGUAUGAGCGGGAAGGAAAAAUUAAGUUUUUGAUGAGCUGAUUCGCUGAGAAUGAGGAUGCUUGCUGCGUUGGCUCAAGGAUGUGUUGUUUGCGGGGUGUGUGUGUGUGCUUGAUUAAGAAUUUAUUACCAAUAAUUAAGUCCAAUAAGUCGACAUUUCACUGGCGACGGAGAUUUUUCCCGCAGAAAUAGCAAAACGUUAACAACAAUCCGAUUCUGCUACAAUCAGAUAAUCCUACAAAUGAGUAUGAUACGUCAUGAAACGUUAAUUUGAAACUGUUUAAUAAUUUCAAACUCCCAUUUUAGGUCUAAAUGAUGAAACAGAACGGAUUGCUUUUUUGAGAAAAAAGUAACGGACAAAUUUUAACGAUUUUUUGGAGCUCCAACCAGCUCGGAGAACGUUAUCAGUUGAAUCCUGCCAAAUGAUGCGAACCAAGUCAUGAUCAACACCUAUCAGUAUUUACUCCACACACAUUUGGCGAAAGGCCAGUCCGUUGAAUGGAUGACCGAUUCUGACUAAUGCCCUAGUAUCGUGCCGCCCUCAUUGUCUUGGUAUUGCUUGGGCAGAAGUUCAAGGGUCAAGUCAAACCGGGCGACUGAGAAAGUACCCAUCGAAUAUGGACCAGAUGACCUAGAAGUGUUGUUUCAGGCCAAAUGUCUGGCACCAAUUUUGAACCAAUCUGCCGGUCCCGAAAAGACUCCCGAAUGUUCCGGUGCCUUCCAUUGCCAGCAGUGGGCAGCCAGACCCUUCCGAAGCAGUCUGAAGCUAUCAGGUUUAACUCCUGAACCGGGUUAUUACAGGAUCUUUCUUCCUUAAUCCUUAAUUGGCUAUUUUAGUGAUGAAUCGAUCCAUAUAUCCCUGUUGAGUGGCAUUUCCGGCGCAAAAUAUUGUACUUUUGAUGGCAUAAAAUUCAAAUGAAGCACAGCACACCGGGCAAGCGACGAACCCUUUUUUUGAGCGUAAAACGGCCAUUGGCACCGGCAUUCAUGCAUUUUGGCAGCUUGGAUGCUGCUCACAUUCUCAAGACCCAGCAUGAAAUGCGUCCAAAUGCAUCUCCUCCUAGCUUCCCAAUCAUCCAAUACAGCGGAAUUAACACCCGCCCCAAACGCCCUGCCGUGAUAGUGUGUCACAAAUGCAGCCCGAGCAUUGGUGAGCAUGAAUCUCGCGUGCUGGAGGAAAAUCAAGAUUUUCCACCACGAGAUUGGGAGAGAAAAUUCCAUCUCGUCUCCUCGUGUACCGCCCCGCAGUUUUGGGCUUUGAAGUACGAGAGAAGAGCCCGAGAGAGAGAGAGAGAGAAAGAGCAAGAGAAGCCAAACACAAUCUCAAUGGCAAUGCGCAAAGAGGACGAAAGAUGGAAAUCGUUGUGCUCUCCUAUAGGUCUAGGUGGGCUGUGGUGGCUGGCGCACACACAGGCCCAGUGACAGCAGCAGCACCAACACACGCUCGCGAACGGGCGCAUCAACACACACACACACACACAGACACGCAGAAGAGAGUCAGCGGCGAAUGGAAAAUUUUGCACCGCGCCACUGUGGUGUGCCGUUACUGCCAAGACGUCAGAGUCGGGUGCGUGCGUGACACGAGCGGACACGGCAAAUGCCAUCCAGUGCGAAAAGGGGGUUGCGAGCGUUCGUUGCGGCACGGCGGGCCGUUCGUGCCUGUGAGUGUGUGUGGUGUGAUGGUGUGAUAAGAGGCGUAAUUGGACAGUGAAAAUCACACAUUUUUCCACUGGGUCCUAGUGGGCUUUGGGAAAGGAAGAAACGUAGUGCACGUAGCGUGUGUGUGAGUGUGUGGGUGUGUGCAGGUGCCGGGGAAAAUUUCCUGUCGCUUUAACCGAAUGGUCCAAAAAAGCAAUUGCAGACGGAUUGUGUUUCUGCUUUUUUUUGCAAGGAAAACAGUGAUCCUUGUGUGUGAGGAAAUGAAUCAUUAAAAAGAAACAACCAAUUCCUGCUAUUACUUGUGUAGUGCAACAACAAAAAAAAGAAGAAGGAGAGCAAAAAAAGAUCCGUGGUGAACCAGUAGUGAACGCGUGCAAGUGGUGGUAGGCCCCCCCAAACAUAAAACUGGCCUGCUGGGGUUGUUGACCGUAACAGGCAAAACAGCGAAAGAGAGCAAAGGAACCACAUCAAUGCAUAGUGAGGAUGAUAUAAUUGCUCGAGCACACAACCACCAUCAGCAGCAGCAAACGACACAGCAGAUCACGACCAUCACGAAGGUCGUGCGGGAGGUGAAGCAGUUGGGACCGGAUGCUGGACAACCGUUCGACUAUGUAGCAAUGCCUCUAGACAUGGGAACCGACGGUCAACCGAUCGACUACGUGUCGAUGCCGAUGGGUAUGUACACGACCCGGACGCAGUACUUGAACUUCAACCACAUGGACCAGCCGGAGCAGAUGGUGGGUGGGGCCGGCGGUGGUCCACCCGUCCAGCAGUCGGCGCACCUGCCGCCGGGCGCCAAGGUGAUGGGCGGCGGCGGACCGGGUAUGCCCGGUGCGAUGGGAGGCGGCGGCGGUGGGCAAGGACACUAUCAGGACUACGAGCAUUACGCGCAGUACACGGACGCCGGGUACGAUCUCGGCCAGGCGGCACACCAUCCCGGCCACGCGCAGUCCUAUCUCGGCGAGUAUCAGAUGAACGACCGCUCCAACACGCCGCACACGUCGAGCGAGAACAGCGAAUCGUCCAUCCCGAUGCCGAUGGGGGUGGCGCAGAUGGGCGGCGGCAACCCGUCGGCCGCCGCGCUGAUGGCGGGCCCGGGCGGCUACCUGCAGGGGCAGUACGACGAGAUGGGCGAGUACGUGAUUGCGCCCGGGCAGGGUGGCCCGGUCGAUCGGCUCUACCCGGACAACCCGUCCGCCAUGGUGUACGGGUACGUGUCGACCCCGCCGUACGGCACGAUCAGCUCGCACAUGGACCCGAACGGGGGCGUGGAGCCGACGUACGCCACCAAGCAGCAGCUGGCGUACGAAGCGGCCACCGCCCAGCAGCGAGCCGGAGGGGGCGUUGGCGGCGGCGGCGUAGUAGGAAACGUAGCGCCGGACGGGUCGUGCUACUACGACGGCGAGGACGAUCUGCACCAGCAGCUGUCGAACCUGCAGAUACAUAAUCACGUGUUUUUACAGCACAUCAUCACGUCGCCGGGCGGCAACAAUCGGCCGGGCGUGAGCGGGGCCGGCGGGCCCUCGAAUGGGGCCGGCGGCGGGGGCGGCGGCAUGCCGGACGGUAGCGGUGGCGGGAUGGAUCUGGACGAGCAGCGGCAGAUGAAGUGGCGCGACCCGAACCUGACCGAGGUGAUCGGCUUCCUGAGCCACCCGAACAACGCGAUCAAGGCGAACGCGGCCGCCUACCUGCAGCACUUGUGCUACAUGGACGACCCGAACAAGCAGCGGACGCGCACGCUCGGCGGCAUCCCGCCGCUGGUGAAGCUGCUCGGGCACGAGAACACGGACGUGUUUCGGAAUGCGUGCGGUGCCCUGCGCAACCUGUCGUACGGGCGGCAGAACGACGAGAACAAACGUGCAAUUAACGCGGCGGGCGGCAUCCAGGCGCUGAUCCACCUGCUGCGCCGGACGGCCGAGUCCGACAUCAAGGAGCUGGUGACGGGCAUCAUCUGGAACAUGUCGUCCUGCGAGGACCUGAAGCGGUUCAUCAUCGACGACGCGGUGCUGGUGAUCGUGUCGUACAUCAUCAUCCCGCACUCGGGCUGGGACCCGACCAACCCGGGCGAAACCUGCUGGAGCACGGUGUUCCGCAAUGCGUCCGGCAUCCUGCGCAACGUCAGCUCGGCGGGCGAGUACGCGCGGAAGAAGCUGCGCGAGUGCGAGGGGCUGGUCGAUUCGCUGCUGUACGUGAUCCGGAUAGCGAUCGAGAAGUCGAACAUCGGCAACAAGAUCGUGGAGAACUGCGUGUGCAUACUGCGCAACCUGUCGUACCGCUGCCAGGAGGUGGAGGACCCGAACUACGACAAGAACCCGAUCCCGCACCACGGCUCUGAUGGGGGCAUGAGCGGUGGCAGCGGUUCGCACGGCGGUGGCUCGAUCGUGGUGAGUGCGGCCGCUGCGUCGUCCAAGGGCGAAAAUCUGGGCUGCUUCGGGGCGAGCAAAAAGAAGAAGGAACAGCAGGCAGCGGCAGCGGCCGCGCAGCAGCAGGCGGCCGCCGACAAGGACCACUCCAGCGCGAACGGCGACCCGUCGAGGAUGGCGUACAAAAACACUGCUCACUAUAAAGGAGCGGAACAGCUGUGGCAACCGGACGUUGUACAUUCUUAUCUUGCCUUACUGCAGAGCUGUUCGAACCCGGAGACGCUCGAGGCGGCGGCCGGUGCGCUGCAGAAUCUGGCCGCCUGCUACUGGCAGCCGAGCAUAGAGAUCCGGGCGACCGUGCGCAAGGAGAAGGGUUUGCCGAUCCUGGUCGAGCUGCUGCGCAUGGAGGUGGACCGGGUGGUGUGCGCGGUAGCGACGGCCCUGCGCAAUCUAGCUAUCGACCAAAGAAACAAGGAGCUGAUCGGGAAGUACGCGAUGCGCGACCUGGUGCAGAAGCUACCGUCGGGCAAUCCGCAGUGCGACCAGGGCACCUCGGACGACACGAUAGCGGCGGUGCUGGCCACGCUGAACGAGGUGAUCAAGAAGAAUGCCGAGUUCGCGCGGUCGCUGCUGGAUGCGGGCGGCGUCGAGCGGCUGAUGAACAUGUCGCGGCAAAAGUCCAAGUACACGCCGCGCGUGCUCAAGUUCGCCAGCCAGCUGCUGUUCACCAUGUGGCAGCAUCAGGAUUUGCGCGACGUGUACAAGAAGCACGGCUGGAAGGAGCAGGACUUUGUGACGAAGACGAUCGCGUCGCGCAACCUGAACAGCAGCAAUGGCGGGGCGGGCGGCAGCUACAGCGACAACUCGCCCAACUCGCCGAACAACACGCUCAACCGUCCGAUGGCGUCGCAGAGCGGCACGCGGUACGAGGACCGCACGAUGAAGCGGCAGCAGGCGUCCUCGUCGGCGAACAACGGUGGCCAGGCCAUGUCGUUACCACCGGGCGACGGUACCAUCAAGAUGGGAAGAUGAACAACCAUGCCAGCUGCCAGCGAAUACCGAUAGCUCUCCACUGGUGAGGAGAUCGCAAUUUUAGAGAAAACCGGGGGCAACUCUGUCUGUUUGAAUGGAGGAUAUAUUAAUGCUUAGACCGACGAUCCCCCCCCGCCACAACAAACACACGGGUGACGACGGCUGGUACAUGAUGCCACCGGAUGGAGUUCGUAGCUGCUGUUGCUCUGCUGCUGCGGCAGCAACCUCUGAAACGAUCUUUUUACGCAUAGAAAGCUACCACAUAUAACGUCAGCACAGCGCCACAAGCGCCAUCUUUGGGGCAGCAAACAGAAGAGAGAGAGGAAACACAAUGUGCAGCAGUGAUGGACACGACACGCCCCGUUGCAAGCUUGGCGCAUAGGAUAUGAUUUUCGAUUAUUGCACUAGCUUCCAAACACUCUCUUUCUAUCUCACUCUCUCUCAACUCUCUAUCUCUCUCUUUCUCUCGACAUACACUUAUACUGACAACAUCCUAAGCCACCUACAGACAUACAACACACGGCGCUCCAAUAUUUCUUCAUUAUUACCCACAAAGUAUAGGCUGACAGCCACGCGUCACACCACCUAGUAGUAGUAGUAGCAGUAGUAGCAGCAGUAGUAGUAAUAAUAAUAGUAGGGUAGCUAGAGAGUCAGCUGACUAAGGCCGAUAUAAUAGUCUGUACAGCAAAAGCGGUUCAUCCAAUCAGUAGUGCUCCUCUUCCUCAAUUGGUUUCUCGAUGAAAACAUUCGUUUUUGCGCGUGGUGAAGGCAUGGAACAGGUUGGCAUGGAAUUGUUCGGGAGAAAAAUAGUAACUUUCUAAGGAGGAGGUCUGUGUGCGACCGGAUGCUUGUUGUACACAACACUAAGGAUCACGCUCUGUCGCCUUGUCACUAUUUUUACGGUGCUCGUUAGGUUUGCCCUUGCAUUUAUUUUCAAUUUAAAUUGAAUUUUAAAUGGUUGCAUUUUUACUGUUACUACAAAUGCUACUACUUCCCCCCACCCUUCCAAAAGCGCACACACACACUGAGUUCUAAUAAGCUAAGCGUUUACUUGUCGAACUUCAAUAAGAAUUCGGCUAUUCGGUCGAAUUAGAGUUCAGCUAUUCGGUUGAUGGCUAAUAGGAACGCAAAUGUGCAGAAUAUAAAGCUCUAUAUUCGAUGGACUAUUUAAACAAAUCACAACACUGGUUUCCUUAGCCGAGCAUCACCUCCGCCAUCAUCUACGCUCUUUUCUAUGCACUGAUGUUAUUUAAAAGAUCUUCGUUUUGGUGGUUCCAUGGCUAGAGCGUCACUCUCUUUUGCUGCGUAGGAGAAAGGCACUGUUAUUAAAAUCAUCUUUCCAGUCUCUCUGUUGUUUUUGGUGUAAGACAGCAUGUUCGGGAAACGAUUUUGGCACUGGAAUUGCUAGUGUUUUCCUUCCGAUGUGCGACCGAUUCAAUCAAGCCCACAGUGUCAUUCACUCAGACUAAUCUAAACUAUCUAUCAGUCUCUAUCAUACUCUACGUUCUCUUGCAUCGAUUGUCUUUAGCUCCCGUGUCUGUGUUUUGUCACGGCCAUAUCAGAAUCAGAGGGGUAAAGGCAGCGGUGAAGAAAAAGGGAUAAAAACAAGUCUUUUAUUGGACGCCACAAUCUAGCUGCGAUUAUUAAACGUACUCACAACUAAAACCCACAGACAUCAUAGUGCUGGUAAUCUCAUCAUAACUUCAUACACCAUAAUUACCCCCCUCCGCCCGCAAACAUCUAAUGAGAGACGAGUGAAUGAGAGAUACGCCGCAAAAAGGGAAGAGAAUGGGAAUUAGGACGGUACAAGAAACAAACUAAAAUUAAAGCGAGUUGUGCGAGUGGGUGUGAGUGUGUGUAUCUGAUGAACUGAACAGAGAGUAUCAUUACUCAUCCUCCUCCUCCAACCAACCUACAUUUAAAGCAAAACAUUCCUCAGCAACAACAACAAAAAAAGGCGCAAAAACGUACAACAUUGUAUAAUCUCGAUUUCUUACCCGGGAUCUCUGCAUAAUUAGUAAGGCACGCUCUCACUGUAAUUAAGGAUGGCGUCGUAGUCGAUGGCUGCAGGGAAAAGGACCUUUGGAGUAAGACAGACACACACACACACACAAAACAAAAAUUAGUCAAGCAUCGAAUCGCACGAAUCGCAUCCACCUCUACCCGGCACCUAUACUGGAACAUACGAAAUAAUCAUUCACGCCAUUUAAACAUUCAGCGUACCAUCUCUUAGCGCACCAACAAAACGAUCAAUGUAAACUAUCACACACACACGCGCACGCACACAGAGACACGCAUAAUAACGAAGGCUCAUUUAUCAUUACUGCUGGCGCAUACAAGAAGAUAAGGGGAUUGAAUCUUUCCAUUUUGCGCGAUCGCGGUGAAGCAGAGAGAAUUGGGUGUGCGGGCGGGUAGUGUGGUGAGAAAUCAGGCACGCAUUCCAAAAUGAACGCCGCAACAACAUACUAUUGUGUAGGAUAUAUUUGCACUUGCGCACCACCACAGAUCGUCAAAUCACAGAAAAAUCAGCUGAGCUAGAGAGAGAGAGAGAGAGAGAGAGAGAGAGAGAGAGAGAGAGAGAGAGAGAGAGAGAGAGAGAGAGAGAGAGAGAGAGAGAGAGAGAGAGAGAGAGAGAGAGAGAGAGAGAGAGAGAGAGAGAGAGAGAAAGACAGGGAAAGAGCAUAAGAAAUUUAGACCAUUCCUUUUGUACUCUGGUGUAGUGUGUGUGUGUGUGUGCAUGUGUGUACAGUCUCCUAACCCAUCUCCCAUCCCCAUCCUAUUGGAAUGGAAAGGAACUGGAAGGAAGUUUACAGUUCGAGGUGUAGAUCCUGUUGGAUUACACUCCACGCGGGACAAACAGAAGCAAAACAAAACAACAUAUGUAUGGCACUCCGAUAUAUAUAUACAAGGCACGAAACGUAGAGCAUCUACUACAAAUCUCCAUUUUACUUCCUCGCUCGAAACUAGUACGAAAAUUGAAAACAAACAAAAAAACGAACAAGAAACAAGGGGCAGCAUGAGGGUGGAUGGUUGAAGACAUAGAAACAACACUAUACCUAGCUCAAAUAUAAUAUAAAUAUAGGCAUACAUAAUAGCGACAGGCAAAAGUAAUGGAAUAUUUGGAACAUGUACUAAAUACUAUCAUGUAAAACACGGCGGCGCGGACGGGGACGGAUAAGCAAACAAAAAUAGGAUAAAUCUAGUAGCUCACUAUACAAAAAAUUCAUCCCACGGGGAAAGACAGAGCCAGCCAGCCAGCAAGACAGUCGGACAACAGUCAGAGGGGUGGCGUUUAUACAGCAAAUAACACCGUUACAAAACGUUACACGCGUAAUGAUAACAUUGAUUCACAGACACACUCACACAACAAACAAUUGUGUAGCUUUCGGUUGGUGCUUUUUUCGUUUGGUGAUUGGUUUAUUGUUUUUUUUUUUUAAAUUUAAACCAUUAAAAUCAUGCCUCGUGCGCUCUCAUUAGAAAUGCUCUCAUCGAACGUGGCAUAAGGGGAGAGCAAACACAUUGUGGGAGGAGUAGUAGUGACGAGGUUGAGGGGAGUAGUAUGAAGAUUAGAUCAAGUAAGCAAAAAACAAAAACAAAAACAAAAAGAACAGAAAAGACAUGAUGCAAAUGGAAAUGAAAUUUCUUCGAACGAUUUCUCUUCGCUCCUUCAAUUCAAAACGAAUCUGAAUGUAGAAUAUAUAAUGAUAAAAAACACACAUAAUUAACACACACACACAAAAGAAGAAACUCCUCAUAAAAAACGAAUUGUCGAAAGGAUAGGCGAAUGAAAAAUGAAGCAACAAACUCCAAUACAUAACAUGGGUAACAGGAAACGGAAGGAAUCUAAAGCUCGUCUCGUGCGCAUAUGUGAAACCACAAUACCCACAAUGCUGUGAAAACUAAUAUUGACUAGAGCAGGCGCAUAACGCUGCUGCUGAGAAUUAAAUACAACUGCACGCACCCAACAUACAGACAUACAGAGUGACCGGAGGAAAAAAAAAGCGGCGAAAAGAAAGGUCCGUCGGUGGGGUAGAACAAAUGUUAGAUUAGGAGUAAUUAUUAUACAAAUACCCAGGCAGCGCAGCAACCGGACUCAACGGUUACGACGAAACUCUUGCGCUCAAAUCCCACGUGUGUUUGUGUGUGGUACACGUGGUGGACCACGUGGUGUGCAAAAUGCCCAGCACGGUCGUAGUAGGCAGGGCAGCAGCACAUCCCUACCCUUCCCUGCUGGAAGUAUGACUUUUGGAGUGCAAGACAGGCUAGGGGAGGAGGGGUGGGGAGGGGUUUCGGACGGAGUAACAUACCUUAAAGAUUACACGAUUUUACGGUCAAUUUUAUCAUAUAAAAAAUAUACACGGGAGAACAAAAAAAAAACAAAACGCAGCUACAAAACUACACACCCGCCACUAACACUAGCGCGCCGCGCCCUUGUUGGUUUUUGGGAGGGGAGAAAGGAAGUUCGCUUCCACCAGCCGCGUGCGUGCGUGCGUGCGUGGCCGUUCUGAACGGGUGUGAAUAAUCGAACGUUUGUGGUGGUGGUGGUGGAACCAUUGAUAUGCCAUACAAGAGGAAGCGUUAACGGAAAUGAAACCAUACGUGUGCGGCGGCAUAUAUCUAGAAGAGUGAUCCGCCGGAUGUGUACGAUCUGACAUUUACUAGGGAGCUUCAGUUUUCAUUUACCGUGUUUCGCAAUAUUCAUAAAAUCACAAUCUCCCCCACCAUGUUUUCUUCUUUACGUUUCAAAUCAUAUCUCGUAACAUCUUGCACACACACACACACCCACACAAAUCGUGCGGUUUUGCGGUUGUUUUGGAAAAGUUUCACUGGUUGAUGCGCAAGAAGCGGCGCACCCUGUGUGUAUGCGCAAUCGGGGGCGCAAGGGUAAGCGCGCAUGUAGCGCGCACGCGGGUAUGGCGUAUAGUAAGAGUAGGCGCAGACGAGAGAAACACGCGGGUUGCAAGGAAUAUUACACUAAACCGCUCGAGAGCAGAGGAAAGUGGCUAAAAGUAUUGAGAGCGGAAGUAGCAGGAACUGUUAAAAAGACAGCCCCGUAAGAGGCGUGCAUGUGUAUGUGGAAAAUAUUGUGCAGGGCUUAUACCCUACUAAUUAGGAAGCUAAUCUGGGAUGUAAAAUGAUGCACCUCGGCCACAGACACACAUGAAUUCAGGGUACAUGGGCUGCGAAUGGAAAUAGCAUUGAACGGAACCGAACGCAACCCAUGGUGGUGUAUUAGCUGAAUUAUUGCAAUUCCAUCUAAAUACUUAAUGAUUAUCUCAAUCGUUCAACGGUGAUGUGUGUUGUGUGGUGCGAAGAAGGGGUUCAUCGUCAUGAAGGAGCAGCUUUGGUUUUGUACUACUGAUUUGAACACUAUUUUACACUAGUUUCUUCCGUUUAGUAAGCUAGAGAGCUUAGCAGAAUAACGAAUGAUGAUGACACGUGUACCGGUAAUUGUGAAAUUGUUUAUUUUAUUUUAUUGCGCUGUAUUUUCUGAUUUAGAUAAUAUAUAUAAUAUACACACAAUUAUACAUAUAA